AUGUCCGUUAAAAUACCAUUCUCCCGAAUUUCUAUCAGAAAAUUCGUCAACUCCAGGCACUUUUGGAUAUUUGCAUUUAGAGAUGCAGAAAAGUAUUUACAUCAAUUUGCAAUAGACCAACUUCCAGGUGUAGCAACUGGUGGGAUAUCUGCCGCAGUAAGUUCUGCCAGAGAAAAGAAAAUUGCUGCUGUAAAAGCUGCCGAAGAAAAGAGAGAAGCCACAGAAACAGCUGCCGAAGAACAUAGACACAAUUUAGCAAUGAAAAAGUUGGCAGCAGAGGAUUUCGAUUCCGAUUCUUUGUAUAUCUACACAACAACACCAGAGCAAUUGUAUUAUCAAUUCCUCAAAGCUUUAGAAUAUCUACCAAAGAAAGAUGUUCAAGACCUAUUUCAAUAUUACGAAGAAAACGAAGAAGAAGUGGAAAUAAAAGAUAUCAUAGAUAACUACAUCGAAGGAAAGAAUCCGACGGAUAUAAAAGUUUUUCUUCUGAAAAAUGUUAAUGAUCUAGACUUGUCUAAUAUUGAUAGCAAACGAAAGAACUUAAUAUUGUUUGACGACUGCGUUGCACAAAGAAAUCAAGCUGUUCAACAAGAAUUCUUCACGAAGGGAAGACAUCACAACUGUCACUGCAUAUACCAAUCUCAAUCUUUUUACGGGAUGAAUUCUAUGUUCAUUAGAAAAAAUGCAAAUUGUUUUUUAUUAUUUGAAUUAAAGGAAAAAGAUUUAUCUCAAAUCAUUCAGUCGAUAAAUCACGGAAUGGACAGAGAUACAUUCAGAAAAGUUUGUAAAGCUCAAUGGAGAAACCCAGAUGAUCAUGGAUAUGUAUUGUAA